AUGAAAUAUUUUGCUGAGAUGGCAGUAUUAUUCUUAAGUUUACAAUUUGUUUAUGUAAAACCGUUACCUGGAAUAAAUUUCAAGAAACAUUUUGAAAUUGAGUUUAGUCCUACUCCGUUGAAAUCUUUAGAGUUAAUUUUUGAAAAGUGGUCUAAAUUCGGAAAAUUUAAGUUGUUUGGAAUAAAACAUAAAAUUGAAAAAAGGGAUUUAAAUGGUAUGAUUCUUCCACCUUCUAAUAUUAAAGAAGAAUCACAAGUACUUCCUUUGAAGGUAGAAUCUGUUACAUCUCUUCCACUACCGGUGCAGAGUGUUGUUGUUUUGUCAACUGUUCAGCCCUUAGUAAGUUCUGAAAAGCCUCCUCCAGAUGUGGUUGAAAAUGUUGUAAUGACUCCUGUUGUGGAACCGUCUGAUGAAGUUAUACAGCCAGUUCAUCCGUUCUCUGCUAUACAAGGUGAGCAAAAAGUACCAUCUGCAUCAACUGAAAAUACUACCACAUUACCUACGAGUAUAGCACUUAUAUUACCUCCAGUUAAUCAACCACCUGGAUUUUAUACUAACAUUCUCCGAACUCUAAAUAUGUCACUAGAUAAAGGAAAAGAUAAACAAAAAGCGAGCCUGCCAAUCCCAAGGGAGGAGAAUCCAAAUUUCAUCAUAAGAGGUUCAAGAUUCGCCAUGUAUUUUGGGUCGAUGUUACUACGUAUGCUAUCGCAAUAUCUUUCCGGUGGUCGUUUUACUUUUGCCAAUUUCCCAGGACAAGGUGCUACAACAUUAUAA